CCUGGUAGCGUGGACACCCGGUGGCACGGACUGGUAACACCGUGGUCGGUGCAGGAGCACCCCAGGAGCGCCCGGCAUCGUCGAAGAGGGUACAGAUUGCAGUAAUAUCUGCUUUUGUUGGAGUUCGUGCCGGAGCUCUCCCUAGAUGCCUCCGUCCGGCAUGGCGGUCCACAGAUCACAUUCUUGAGAUGAAGGGGUCUGGGUGCCUGAAGUGUCUCUUUGUACCAAGGAGAGUGUAGGGAAGAUGAAUAAGAUUAUUGGCUCCCCUUCCUAAUUCUGUUCUAAAUUGCAUUCUUUUUCACUUCAAGUGCCAAGGUUUCUAUAUUUUCUGAAAUGGUGCCAGUGAAUUGUACAAAAGUAUUUCAAUGGUAGAUUCCUUUGGAAAAACUUAAAAAGUUAAGUUUUGUUUUGUGAAAUUACCAAUCAGAGACUUGUCAUUGAGAUGUCUCUGAUUUUUGAACAAUGAGCCUGUGGGCUGGAUGGACAUGCACACUGACAAUCACACUUUUUUACUUUAGGUGAAAGGUGUGUUCUAGUAGAGUACGCAUGCCACUUCAGUUGGCUUUGUGGAAUUAAUUUAAGUGAAAGAUAACCUCUCCAGUUGUCAGACUUGCAGCUGAUGAGGCAUUUCUGCAAUAUUUAUUAAAGUGACCAUUUCAAAUAGAAAUGGUAUAAACUUAUAAACUGCAAUAAGUCCUAAAAUAAAAAGCACAUCAAGGGGAAUGCUUUCCUAUGGAUGCUUGCGUGCUCUCACUGUGAAAAUUACAGUGAGAAUCACGCAAGCGCCUCUAGUGGCUGUCAAUGAGACAGCCACUAGAGGCUUUGGGGGAAGGCUUAACCCAUUCAUAAACAUAGCAGUUUCUCUGAAACUGCUAUGUUUAUAAAAAAAAAAAUGGAUAAACCCUAGAAGGACCUGGCACCCAGACCACUUCAUUAAGCUGAAGUAGUCUGGGUGCCUAGAGUGGUCCUUUAAUCUGUGUGGGGUGGUCUCGUCUGUAUUUUUUUUUUUUUUGAUAAUCCAUUUUUAUUUAGUGGGAACAGCAUAGUACAUGCAGAAGUAAGUGCAACAUAUAAGUAUAUCAACACAAGUGAAAAGAAGUGAGUCAUACGGAUUUAACUGACAAUCGUUUUUUUGUUUUUGUUUUUGUUUUUUCAAGUAAUAUAUAAAUGACAAUAGUCAUGUCCUCAUAUGUUUGAGAAGGACAUGUUGGAUACACCCAUGGUGAUGAAGUAAUUAUUAAACAGUUAGCAGCUGUUAAUAGAAAACCAACUGCAAAACAGAGUGAAACUGCUAUGAGGUUCAUAAAGUAGUCAGAAAGUAAGUAUAGAAAACGGUAAACAGGUAUUAAAUUGGUGACUGAACUAAAAGUGUAACAAAUAAGACAGUGCUCAACAGGUUUCAUUGUGGAAGGUAAUUAUGAAAAGCACAAAGCCAGGGAGCCUCCCCAACCCAGUACUCUGUACAACUGAUGCCUUGCAGGGGCCGAGCAAAGUCCCGCAAUGCAAUGAUCUGUUUCAGGCAUAAUAACCCAUAUGUCAGUAGACUCAAGAUCCCAUUGUGGUGAUGGUACAUGCCUGGUAAUGUCAGAAAGUCCCCAUUUUAGUUCCCAAGGAAUAUAAAAGCACGUCUACCGCUGCUUGUCAAGGGACUGUAUGCAGCCUUCUUUAAUAUAUAUGGGACUCGUUAGUUGCAUUGUCUUUUAAGUAUCUCUUUCAAAUAUUUCUUGUAUUUGGGACUGUGGUCUGGUUUAGAAUUUCAACCUGUUCCUUAUUGUAUCUAUUGAGCUUCUGUCACCUAUUGCUGCAUCAAUUUUGUUCUUUGGUCAGGUUUGGAGUGUAAAUACGUGGUGGAUCUACCCAGGUCUACAAAUGUUUCAGCAUUAGUCCUAUGAUCGAAGAAAGUAAUCCUUUUUAUAUUAAAGGCACAUUCCAUCAGAAAUCGUGCAUUGCACCCAUCUUCCCACUGCCUUGCUAACAAUAUAAGUCUUCCAGUUAGUUGUCUUGCAUCUUAGCUGGACCAAUGAUCCUGCUAGCAAAAGUUGCAUGAUGAACUUCACAUUUACCAUUCUAUUUUUUUUUUUUAUUUUUUUUUUUAAAUUCUUCAUUUCCUCCUACUUAUUAUUUAUACAUGCCUAUGAUGAUCAGUGCAAAUUGAUUUUUAUAGUUUGGUGUUACAACAUUGAGUGACCUUUGUUAGCAUGAAAAAUAUAUUUCAGGUGCACUGUGGUAGCUAGCUUUUUGUGUCUUUGCCAGAGUCCGUAGACCCCCUCAGCUGCCUGUGGAAGAGCAAGAAAGGAGAGCGCUACUGAUGAAGAAGUGGGCACUCCACAAGCAACAAGAACAUGAAGCAGAGAUCAAAAGUGUGGAGUCGCUCCUGGAAGCUCAGCGUGAGGCUCUGCAAGAGCUGCGUCUGGAGUCAGAAGAACUCUACAAUGCAGCCAUGCGGUGUGACUCAGAACUUCUCCCUCUGGAGAAGCGGGGACCAUGCCAUACUCCUCCUAUACCCCAGUACAGUGCCCCAGAGGGGAAAUACAAUGAUAUCACCAAAGUAUACACUCAGUGAGAUGUUUGAUGUGGGAUCUGUGCACUGACUGUGUUUUUUUUUUUUUAUUCUCUAUGGGACUAAAAGAGCUGUAAAGACAUAUGAAUAUAUAUAUAUAUAUAUA